UGCACCUUUGCGCGGAUGCGAAUGGGAGAUUUUUCUGUUGCGCGCUUUAACUUUCUCCACUUUCUCAUCUUGCCACGGAUUGUGCCGAACGUGUAGUAGUAAUUUUGGCUCGCAUCACAAAUGGCUCGAAAUAUAACAGAGCAGCGGCAACGUAGAGCGUUUCAUGCGCACUUGUUUCUCUGUAUACUGACUUUGUUUCGCGAUGCAUCUGCACAGGGAUUUGAGAGUUUGGGAUUAACGUACGGUUUAAGAUCUGAAUUUUCAGAGGAUGCUAUUCUUGUUGCCAAUAAUGGAAUACGGGUUCCUUUCGGCAGAUCUGUUUAUAUUGAUCCAAUCAAUGACCUGGUUACCCAAGUUCAGCCCGGAGACAAGUGCACCAUAACAGUUCUGGAUAAUGACCCGCUGUCACAGAGACCGGGACAGCUGUCCCCGAAAAAGUUUCCAUGUGAAUUUGGUCCCAAUGAUGUAAAAUACUCGCAUUUCGGAUCCAGAAGCCCUUCAAAAGACAGAGUAAGACUUCAGCUCAGAUAUGAUACUCAGACUGAUACAGUCAUCAUUCCCUUUAUGAUGGAAGUUGAGGUGAUUUUCACUCAGUUUGAGAUUCUCACCAAACACAUGCCUGUAGUUGUAGAGAAACUGCUUGGAAUGAGUAAUCCUCUUGAUAAGAAAAUCCUGGAGUUUACUUAUGAUAGAAAUGCUCAUUUAUGUAAAGUUACAUCUUUGGCCAGUGGCAGCUCAUUACCCAGGUAUGGAAAGCUGAUUGAUAAUGGAAAAUUGGGGAAACCUGUGGACUGUGAUGAGUUUGUCAGGAUGGACAUUCGCUAUCAGCACACUUUUGCACAUCGUUCUCCAAACCGAGAUUAUAUUCCCAUGUAUUUAGAGUUACAAGACAAAGAAGCAAAUGUACUGAAGCAAGAGUUUUUCCAAAUUGUGGUGCUUAUAAAAGAGGGUGAGGAAAACACAGCUCCUAAACCGAGUUUUGUGGCAAUGAUGAUGAUGGAAGUUGACCAGUUUGUAAUGACUGCUAUAACCCACGAUAUGCUUGCCGCUGAGGAUGUGGAAUCCGAUCCUGAUGGUUUAAUCUUCAACAUCACUUCUCCGCUGUCCUUUGAGGAGGGCUACAUUGUGAGCACGGAUGACAGGAAUUUGCCCAUUACGUCUUUUUAUCAAGCAGACCUGAAAGAACUUAAAAUAGCCUAUAAGCCUCCCUCUGUGGAUUCGGAUGUGGAGAGAAUUUUCCAAAUUGAGUUUGAAGUUGUAGACACUGAGGGGGCUAUAUCAGAUCCCUUUGCGUUUAUGAUAGUGGUUAAGCCUAUGAACACUCUAGCACCAGUUGUGACCCGUAACACUGGCCAACUGCUUUAUGAGGGUCAGUCCCGGCAACUGUCCAGCUCACAAAACCUACAAAUUAGUGACGAGGACAAUUUAGACAAUGUCCAAAUCACAGUUAUUAAUGGACUUCGCCAUGGAGAGCUCACAGUUCUGGGGUCCAGGCAAAAAUUCUUCACCCCAGCAGAUCUUGAUGUAGGGAGCGUCAUCUACCAGCAUGAUGGCAGCGAUACAUACAGCGAUAAUAUCAUUUUCAGAAUGACAGAUGGAAAAAAUGAAGUUGAGUUUUUAUUUCCCAUUACAGUGGUGCCAACUGAUGAUGAGCCUCCCAUAAUCAAUGCCAACACAGGCUUAGUUUUGUUUAAAAACCAAAUGAUGCCCAUUUCUCCAUUAAUGCUUAGUGCAGCAGACAUAGACUCUGAGGAUUCAACUAUUAAGUUCAUCAUGGUGCCUCCCUACUCUACUAUUGGAGAAGUCAUACUUCGUCAAUCAGAUGCACCGGAGGAUCCAUCCACAUGGAGGUUCAAUUCUGAGGAUGAGAUGUAUGAAAAAGUAGUGACAGAAUGGUUUCAGCAGGACAUCACAGAAGGCAAGCUGUUUUACAGGCAUAUCGGACCACAUAAUACAAAGACCAUCAUGGACCAGUUUGUUUUCCGUGUGCAAGAUGACAACGACCCACCGAACCAAUCAGGUGAGAACUCUUUCAUCAUCAAAGUUCUCCCCAUUGAUGAUAUCCCCCCAGAGCUCUAUCCCGGGACCACUCUUCAAGUGACCGUUCAUGAGUACCAACUCACCUAUUUCCGAAAGAAGUUCUUGCGCUACACAGACUUAGACUCAGAAGACAGGGACUUGAAAUAUACAAUUACCCAGCCACCCACUGACACAGAUGAGAACAGCCCUGGCAUUCUAGGAAGCAUCGUUUUAACUGAGAGUCCAAACUCAGAAGUCACCGAGUUCACUCAGGCGCAGAUAAAUCAUCACAAGAUAGCCUACAAACCUCCUGAUCUAGAGCUUGGAAUAACCCCACAUGUGGUGCAGUUCCAUUACAAAGUUGAGGACACGGGGGGAAACAUCGCCAAUGGAGUUUUCACCAUAUUUUUACAGCCUGUUGACAACAAGCCUCCCCAGAUCACCAACACAGGCUUUACCAUUCAAGAACGAGGGGCGCACGUCAUCACUCGCGCCGAGCUGGACACCACAGAUGCCGACACGGACAGCUCACAGAUUCUGUUUACAAUCAUCCAGCCUCCAAAGCACGGUCAGGUUAAGUACACAUUCACUGAUAUGACUAAAGGGAAUUCAUUCAAUUUGGAUGAUAUAUCUAAUGGCAGAAUAUCUUACAUUCAUAAUGGUGAUGAGUCAACCAGCGAUUUCUUCCAGCUGGAUGUCAGUGACGGCGUCCACGUUGUCACAAUCACGGUCAGGAUCAACGUGAAGCCUAUUGACGACGAAGCACCAACCAUCAGCCUUCCAGAGGGCACUAUCGGUUCUUACAUAGAUGUUCUGGAGAACAGAGUGACUGAGAUCACCACCAACGUCAUUCAGGGUCGAGACGAGGACACUGAUGACCUCAGGCUGACCUUUAUCGUAGAAGAUCCCCCAGUGUUUGGUGAAAUAUUAGUGAAUGGUGUGCCCUCCAAUAGGUUCACUCAAGCAGACAUCAUUAGUGGCUUGGUGGUAUAUGCACAUAAUAGUGGAGAAAUUGGCUUGACAACAAAACAUGACUUCUUUAAUCUUACACUUACCGAUAUGUCUGAUGAAUGGACAGUUGGGGGAAAUAAAAUCAAAGGGGUUCGUGUGCAGGUCACCAUUUUGCCGUUGGACAGUCAGGCCCCUGAGGUCUUCGUGGGCCCCCAAUUCAUUGUUGUAGAGGGUGAGAAAAGUGUUAUAGAAAUUUUGCAUAUUAGUGCUAAUGACAUUGACACACCUAAUGACGACCUACUUUGCACAAUUAUUGUGCAGCCCACCUCAGGCUACGUAGAAAAUAUCUCCCCUGCACCAGGCUCUGAAAAAUCCAGAUCUGGGAUUGCCAUUAGUGCUUUCACGAUUAAAGACAUUCGGAAAAAACACAUUUAUUACGUGCAAAGUAUUCAUAAAGGUGUCGAGCCAGUUGAGGACAGGUUUACUUUUAGGUGUUCAGAUGGGAUAAACUUUUCCGAGAGACACUUUUUCCCAAUUGUGAUAAUCCCAUCCAAUGACGAAAAGCCAGAGAUCCAUAUGAGAGAGUUUGUUGUGAUGGAAGGCAUGAACAUAGUGAUUGACACUCCUAUAUUAAACGGCGCUGAUGCUGAUGUUCCAGUGGAUGAGCUCACGUUUAUCAUUUCAAAACCUCCGAAACAUGGAUAUAUCCUCAAUCAGUUAACCUCAGGCACUAUUCCUGUCACAAACUUCACUCUUGAUCAGAUACGAGAGGCUUCAAAUAUUGUCUACGAGCAUGAUGAUUCAGAAACCACAAAGGAUAGUUUUGAUGUUCUACUUACUGAUGGCAAAUUCACAGUGGAGAAAACUGUCAUGAUUAUGGUCAUUUUGGUUGACGAUGAAACACCAAGGAUGGCGAUUAAUGAUGGCCUUGAAAUAGAAGUAGGAGAGGUGAAAAUAAUCAACAAUAACGUUUUAAAAGCCACUGAUCUGGAUACAGAAGACAGCAUUCUGACCUACAUAAUCCGUUAUGGUCCAAAUCAAGGGUUUUUACAAAAGCAAACACCAUUUGGAACAUUUGAAAACAUAUCUGUUGGAAUGAACUUCACACAAAAUGAGAUCGACCAAGAUAUGAUCAUGUACAUUCACAAUGGACAAGAGGGAGUUCGUGACCUUAUCAAAUUUGAUGUCACUGAUGGCAUUAACCCUUUGAUUGACAGGUACUUCUAUGUAACUGUGGGUGGAAUAGACAUGGUGUUCCCUGAUGUGAUCAGCAAAGGUGUUUCUCUGAAAGAAGGAGGAAGGGUCACUCUAACCACAGACCUGCUCAGCACUAGUGAUCAUAACAGCCCUGACGAACACUUGGUGUUCACCAUCACACGUGCCCCUAUACGAGGACACUUAGAGUGCACUGAUGUGCCAGGGAUGCCUAUUAGUUUGUUCACUCAGCUUCAACUAGCUGGGAAUAAAAUCUACUACAUCCACACUGCUGAUGAUGAGGUAAAGAUGGACAGCUUUGAGUUUGAAGUGACCGAUGGUUACAAUCCUGUGUUCCGCACCUUCCGUGUGUCCAUUACAGAUGUGGACAACAAAAAGCCUGUGGUCACCAUUCAUGGGCUGGUCGUUAAUGAAGGUGAAAAUAAGUUAAUCACUCCUUUUGAGUUGACAGUGGAGGACCGUGAUACAGUCGAUCACCUUUUAAAGUUUACAAUCACCCAGGUUCCUGUACAUGGCAAGUUGCUGUUUAACAACACCCGUCCUGUCACUUCCUUCACCAAGCAGGACCUGAAUGAAAACAUGAUACGUUAUAAGCACGAUGGAACCGAAUCUGCCUCCGACAGCUUCUCAUUUACUGUUACUGAUGGAACUCACACAGAUUUUUAUGUGUUCCCUGACACGGUUUAUGCGACUCGCAAACCCCAGAUGAUGAAAAUAACAAUUUAUCCGGUGGACAAUGGAGUUCCACAGGUUGUGACUAAUAAGGGUGGUACAACAUUAAGGAUUCUCCCUACUGGUCACCUUGGGUUCCUGAUCACUAGUAAAACACUAAAGGCAGAGGACAGAGACAGCCUUCGUGGAGCAGUGACUUUUAAAAUUACUGUGGCCGCUGAGCAUGGCUACCUCAUUGACUUGGGGAAAGGCAAUACCACUAUCACCACAUUCACCCAAACUGACAUCAAUGACAUGCAUAUAUGCUAUGUGCUUCGAGACGGAGACAAUGCCACAAGCGACACAUUCCACUUUUCCAUCGAAGACAGUGGGGGCAACAAGCUGAAAAAACAACAUUUCCGACUAAACUGGGCUUGGAUCUCCCUGGAGAAAGAGUACUACCAGGUGGAUGAGGAGAGCAAGUUUCUGGAGGUGGUCUUGAGACGCAGAGGUUACCUUGGCGAGACUUCAUUUGUUAGUAUUGGUACCAAAGAUGGUACGGCUGAAAAGGACAAAGAUUUCAGAGGGAAAGCCCAGAAACAAGUCCAGUUUAACCCAGGUCAGACCACUGCUACCUGGAAAGUGCGCAUCUUGUCAGACAGCCUAUACGAGCAGUCCGAGACCUUCCAGAUUGUCCUGUCAGAGCCUGUCAUGGGAGCACUGGAGUUCCCAGAGGCAGCAACCGUCAAAAUUGUUGACCCCGGAGAUGAAUCCACAGUGUUCAUCCCAUUGUCUACAUACUCGAUUGAGGAAGAUAUUGGAGAACUUCUGAUUCCUGUGCGAAGAUCUGGAGAUGUCAGUCAAGAGCUCAUGGUUGUCUGCUUCACACAACAAGGUACAGCCAAAGGCACGGUUCCCACCACAGUGCUUUCCUAUUCUGACUACAUUUCUCGACCCGAGGAACACCACAGUGUGCUGCGUUUCGAUAAGGGCGAGACGGAGAAGCACUGCCGUGUGGUCGUCAUCGAUGACUCACUCUACGAGCCAGAGGAAAGCUUUAAUGUCACCCUCAGCAUGCCCAUGGGCGGCCAUCUGGGUCAGGAGUUCCCCACCACCAGGGUCACCAUCCUGCCUGAUGUGGAUGACGAUGUGGAGUUUAAAGAAGGAGAGACUGAGCACAUCGUGGAGGUGGAAAUUCUGUAUGAUGGUGUACGAGAGAUGAGAGAGGCCUUCACUGUCCACCUCAAACCUGAUGAGAACAUGGUUGCAGAGAUUCAGGUCACCAAAGCCAUCAUCUACAUUGAAGAGACGAACAGUAUGGCCGAUGUGACCUUCCCUGCGGUGCCAGUUGUGUUGUCUCUGUUGCAGUAUGAUGAUACAAGCAGCACUAGAGAUUCUCAACCAGUCGCAGGAUAUCCUAUAGUCUGUGUCACGUCGUGCAACCCCAAGUAUCCUGACUUUGACCGGACAGGCUCCAUCUGUGUUGCUGAGCACAUCAAUAACACCCUGACCCGGUACCGCUGGCUGGUCAGUGCCCCAACAGGACCUGACGGUGUGACCAGCCCCAUGAAGGAAGCGGAUUUUGACACCUUCUUCACCUCCUCCAAAACAAUCACAUUAGACUCAGUGUACUUCCAGGCGGGCUCACGUGUGCAGUGUGCAGCCCGGGCUGUCAACUCCAAUGGGGAUGAAGGCCUAGAGCUCACCAGCCCCAUAGUCUCCAUCAGCCAGGAAGACGGUAUGUGCCAGCCUCGGGUUGUUGGCACAGUUGGAGCUGAGCCUUUCUCUGCCAGGCUGCGCUACACUGGAGCAGAAGAUCCAGACCACUCAAACCUCAUUAAACUGACUGUUACCAUGCCCCAUAUUGACGGAAUGUUACCUGUAGUCUCCACUCGGCCGCUCUCCAACUUUGAGCUGACCCUGAGUCCAGACGGCAUGCGUGUAGGAAACCACCGCUGCUCUAACCUGCUGGAUUACACAGAGGUGCGGACACGCUACGGCUUCAUCACAGACGCCACCCGCAAUCCAGAUGCCAUCGGUGGGACUGCACCCUACCAGUACAGCACAGCCCUCAGGGGCCAAAGCACCCUACGAUUCUACAGAAACCUGCACCUGGAGGCCUGCUUGUGGGAGUUUGUCAGCUACUAUGACAUGUCUGAACUGCUCAACGAUUGCGGAGGGACCAUCGGGACUGAUGGACAGGUGCUGAACCUGGUGCAGUCGUACGUGACCCUGCGUGUGCCCCUGCAUGUGUCAUACCUCUUCCAUUCGCCCGUCGGUGCUGGUGGUUGGCAGCACUUUGACCUGCAGUCUGAGCUGCGUCUCACUUUUGUUUAUGAUACUGCCAUCUUGUGGAAAGAUGGCAUUGGUAGUCCACCGGAAGCUGAGUUACAAGGUGCCCUCUAUCCUACAAGCAUGCGCAUCAAUGAACAAGGCCGUUUGGUCGUCAACUUUCGUACAGAAGCACGUUUUCGGGGACUGUUUGUCGCUGCACAUUCAGCCUCCCCUAGGACUUCUAUGGUCAUGUGUGCGGACCAUCCCGGGCUGACCUUUAACCUUAGCUUAGUGAGAAGUGAGCCGACGUACAACCAGCCGAUGCAGCAGUGGACCUUCAUCUCUGACUUUGCUGUGAGGGAUUACUCAGGAACGUACACGGUGAAACUGGUUCCCUGCAUGGCUUCUCCCGGUGUUGAGUACAGCUUCCGUCCCGUGUGCCACCCCAGAGAGCCAAUUACCUUUGAUCUGGACAUACGCUUCCAACAGGUGAGUGAUCCAGUGUCCGCAGAGUUCAGUCUUAACACACAGAUGCUGCUGCUUUCAAAGAAGACUCUCUGGUUGUCAGACGGCUCCAUGGGCUUUGGUCAGGAGAGUGAUAUGGCUUUCUCAGAGGGAGAUGUCAUCUACGGCCGUGUGAUGGUGGAUCCCGUUCAGAAUCUUGGAGACGCGUUCAUCUGUAACAUUGAGAAGGUGUUCCUGUGCACAGGGGCGGAUGGAUACAUCCCAAAAUACAACCCUGACAACUUUGAGUACGGCUGCCUAGCUGAUUCACCGUCUCUUUUGUACCGAUUUAAGAUCAUUGACAAAGCUCAGCCAGAAACUCAGGCGAGAACAUUUGGCAGCAUUAGUUUCAAUGCUUUCCUCGCUGUAGACGAUCCUCAGGCGCUGCCGCUGGUGAGGCAGCCGGGCUCUGAUGGCUUUAGGUUGGAUUCCACAGCUUUGUUUCAGGUGUCGGCAGGCAGGGAGUGGUACAUUCACACCAUCUACACCGUCCGGUCCAGAGACAACGCUAACCGAGGCAUCGGGAAAAGGAGCCUCGACUAUCAUUCUGUGACACACAGCCACUCGAUUUCUAAAAGGUCAGCCAACCGCGUUCCAGAUUUGGCUCAGGAUAUUGGCACAGAAAAUAACCGUGGCACAAAUAUCUUACACAUAGCGCUGGACCGCAGCGCUCAAAAACAUCCCAACCUUCAUGAGGAAUCCCAGGCGGAGGGUAUCGUUCCUAGAGAAUUGAAUCAAAGGGACUCUAGUGAUGACCGGCUUGUCAUGAUCAUAGGAAUCCUGGUGGGUCUUCUCUUCACCAUCCUCCUCGUCAUUCUCGUCAUUCUGGUGGUGCGAUCUAGACGGGACAAGAACAUCACCGAGUCCCCCAAAGGCUCCAGCAGCACAGAGCCCAUGAUGACACAAGGCCUCGAUAGCAAUGACAGCUCAGAGGUUUGAUUUCCCAACAGUGGACCCUUUUAUUCAAAUCACUUUUUGUUUGCAAGUGCCUCUUGUUCAUUUGCUCGGGCACGCAAGGACACAUAGUGACUAGGAGUGGUUGCGCUCUACCUCUCCUCGGGAUUUUGUCGGUCCGAAAGUGUACUUGAAUUUCAAAAGCACUUCUGUUGUCACUGC